AAGGAGUGAAGGUGUGAGUGUGGAUGUAUAUAAGGGUGUGUCUCAGUGUGGGAGACAUCAAGCAUCCAGCUAACUCACACACAGGCAGCAGUUCCUCCUCCUGCAGCUACUCCUACAAGAUGAAGUCCUUCUUUGCCCUUCUGCUUCUCGGCGCCCUCGUGGCUGUGGCUAUGGCUGAACCUGGCUAUCUUGGCGGCUACGGCGGCUAUGGCGGCUACGGCGGCUAUGGCGGCUAUGGCGGCUACGGCGGCUAUGGUGGUUAUGGAGGGCGUGGCUUUGCUGUUGGUUUCGGUGGACAUGGCGGCUAUGGCGGCUACGGGCGUGGCUAUGCUGGCGGAGUUGGCCAUUCAGUGUUCAACCUCGGCUAUGGCGGCUAUGGGUAUGGCGGUCAUGGAGGUCGUGGCCAUGGCGGCUAUGGCGGCUAUGGCUAUGGCGGCUAUGGUUAUGGAAAGUAAUUGCCAUGUCCCACCAUGUACCUGUUCUACUACUACUGCUCCUUGUGUCUGGACUUCUUUAAAUGGAAUGAAGGGGGUUGCUGCCUCUCCUGAAAUCCUCAUGACAUCCUUCUAUGCUCUGCCUACCUGAUAUUCCCCCAUACUCUCCCUUUACUCCCUCUACUCUCUUUACUCCCUCUACUCAUCCAUCACCUGUCACCACCAUCGGAUCUUCUACUGUUUGUCAAUGUUCUGAUUGUCCACUCAAUAAACUCACGCGAAGAACCCCAUCUAACGA